CCGCAUCUCGCCCUGCCGUAUUGCACAGGGCUCCCCGCAGUUCCCGCCUGAUUGCCCAAAGAUUGGCCUUGGGCUGAAGCUGUCUCAGAUCCGCCGUGCCAUCUCCAUCGGCCAAGCUCUGUUCGCUGUCCUCCGAAUCAUCGGCCUGCCGACUUUGUGGUCCAGAUCAGCAGCAGUCCCUCCAGCGCCAUGUCCAAAUACCCGCUCGUCGAUCCGUACUCAAGCAACGAUCAGUAUCAUGCGACCCUGUUGGAUUCGCCUCUCCCCGCUCCGUUGUCCAGGCUGAAUGGGCCUCCCUCACAUCUGUCAAGCAACAAUCGAUAUGCCCCGUAUUCCACAUCCCGCAACCCUGGUCGAGACCGCCAAGAUCGAGACCGAGACCGAGACCAAGACCGGGACAGAGGUUGGGAUCGCGAUCGAGACAGGAAUCGAGAUAGGAAUCGAGACCAGGAUCGCGACCGUAAUCGAGACUACGACCGAUCGUCCUACCCCGGUAACUUGCCAUCGGGCCAUGACCGCCGCUACCCUGACGCAUCCUACCAAGACGCAUAUCAGGAGCGAAAGUACAGCGACCCAGCGCCGCGACCACUCUUUCGCGCCUAUGAUCGCGAGCAGUAUCUCAACAAGAACCUUGGAUGGAUCCUUGGCGGCCAGGGCCUCGCUUUGGAUGGUCACGGAUAUGCCAAGGUCUUCGUUGAAAAGAUCCAAGCUCCCAACUACGAUCUCUUUUGCGAUGCAGAUGUUGUCCAGCAGCUUUUGGAUGAGAAGAGCAAGCUGGGCCACGUUCAUAAUCAAGCACGACUCGUGGAUGCUCGCCGCAAGGCCAGCCCAUAUGUCCUCGGGUCCAAAUCGAGAUUCUGGCACCCAGGUGCCGUAGUUUUGGCCAAUCUGAACUACCUCGCCGAUGUGCUACAUGCGAAGUCGCACCCGUUCCGAUUUGUGGAUCUCAGCGCCGACUACGGCGGAUUCACAGAAUACAUCCUGUGGGAGCAGAGACGACGAAAUGGAUCAGUCCAUGGUUGGAAAAUGACGAGCAAUGUCGCGAAAGAAUCCGAGGCGCUUAGGUAUCUGGGAUCGCUCGAUUCUCUGAAUCUGACGCUGUGUCAAGGCGCCGAUCGCUCAGGAAGCUGUCUGAGCUAUGAAAACAUCGAAAGUCUCGUACAGCUCAUCAAUCCACACGAGCAGCCGAUCGAUCUUGUCGUCUCGGACCGGGAGGACCAUGUCAGGAGCAACAUGUCGAGCGAAGACCGAAUCAAGUUGCCGCUCCUGAGCCGUGUCCUUGCAAUGUUUCGCAUCUUGCGCGAAGGCGGCACAUUUGUCUGCAAGAUCUACAAUGCCUUCUUGCCUUUCACAUGCGAUCUGAUCUUCAUACUGCACCAAGCAUUCGAAAAAAUCACCAUUGUCAAGCCGACCGCUGGCACCCCGGAUGGGUCAGAGAGGUACCUGAUCUGCGUGAACCUGAAGCACGCCUUUCCGGCUGACCUGAUCUCGUACCUGGCUGAGGUACAGAGGGAUAUCCAGGUCCAGAACCGCCACGGGGAAGUCGAGUCGCUGCUGGAACGCUCCUUGGUGGAGAAGAACACCAAGUUCAUAGACUGGAUCCAGAGCACAAACAUGAAGAUUGCCGUGCGGCAGGCGCAGGCCAUCAAGGAUAUCCUCGAGUGCCUCAGACAACCCGAUUCUCUCGGCUAUCACCAUCAAGAAAUCCAGCACCUCUGUUACUCGGCGUGGGGGAUAAUCUGAGCAGCACUCAUGACACGCAUCAGGACGAGGCAAAGCGAGUGCAGGAUUGACGCCUUCCUGGCAGACCACCAACCACCCGGGUCAGCCAGCGAGCCAGCCGAGUUGAUGCAGCGACAGCGCGCAUCAGUCCGAAUGGAGAUCAUGAGAU